AUAGUGCCAUCUUCCUCAUGAGCUCCCUACACAGUUAACAUUUGUCUCUAACUCUCUCUCUAAGAAAAUGAAGCUCUCUAUGCGUUUGAUCUCAACUGUUAUUCUCGUGUUCAUGAUAUUCGUCGCCACAGGGAUGGGUCCUGUGACGGUGGAGGCACGCACGUGUGAGUCGAAAAGCCACAGGUUCAAGGGAGCAUGCCUGAGCGAAACAAACUGCAAAAACGUGUGCCACAACGAAGGCUUUAGGGGAGGUAACUGCCGUGGGUUACGUCGUCGUUGCUUCUGCACCAGAAACUGUUGAUCCAUCGAUUCGCAUUAUUUAUAAUCUUCGAUCCAUCAUUUUCUUGCAUGUAUGUGUUUGCUUCUUUCUAUCGAAUCUUCCGUACUGUACCAUGUCGUACCGUACAUGUGUGUGUGUGAGUGACUGAGUGUUCUCGAAUAAGUAUUUUUGGAUUGUGUGUUUUCAGUUUUAAUGUACCGUUAAAUCAACUAAUGGCUUUUAUUUUAUUUUAUUAAGGGGCGUCU